UCGACCGUCACGCGCAUCCUCCUCAACUAUGCGCUGCGCAUGGGCCGCAAGCCGACGUUUGUCGACUUGGACGUGGCGCAUGGUCUGCUGAGUGUUCCCGGGACGAUUGCCGCGACGCCGCUCGAGACCAACUGCAUGAGCGUUGAAGACGACUUUGUCUUGACGGCGCCAUUGGCAUACUAUUUUGGCCACACGACGCUCAAGGACAUUUCAGAAUUGUACAAGUUUCAAGCUUCGGAGUUGGCCAAGCGCGUGGACCAGCGCCUCGCCAACGACGCCGAAGUCAACGCCGCGGGCAUUAUCGUCAACACGUCGGGCUCGAUUGACAAUGAAGGCUACCAAGCACUCGUGCACUGCAUCCAGGCGUUCCGCAUCGACCUCGUCAUCGUCCUGGGCCAGGAUCGGUUGUUCAGCGAAUUGAGCUCGGCCGUGUCGCCGUCCACGUCCGUCAUCAAGCUGCCGCGCUCGGAUGGCGUCGUCCAACGCUCCAACCAGCUUCGGCACCAGCUUCGCAUGGACGGCUGCCAUGCUUACUUUUACGGCAAGAAAAUCCCAAACGCAGCGCCGAUGCAGUCGCUCUACGAGUACUCGCCCCACGUCGUCGAGCUGUCGUUUGAAGACAUCAACAUCUACCGCGUGCACGACUUGACCGUCUCGGACGUCAUGCUGCCCGUGGGUCAAGUCGACGACUUGCAGCGGCUGCGCGUGCUUCCGGUCGAAAAGACUGUCGACUUGGCGCACUGCAUUGCGGCAGUCAUCCACAAGUCGAGCAUCAAGGACGACGACAUUGGCAUGGACCCGCAGUCGCUCCUCGCCGCCAGCGCCGCUGGCUUUGUCCAAAUCAAAGCGGUGAACGUCCAAACGAGCAAGAUCACGCUGCUCGUGCCCUGCCACGGCCCGCUUCCGUCCAAGAACCUCGUCGUUGGCUCGCUAAAGUUUAUGGAGUAA